UGGGCUGUAAAGUGACAGUUCAAACUGAACAGACGGAAAUCAUGUCUCUGUCAUCACAAGAGGUCUCCGCACCGCGACGUGCAAACAGCCGCUGGAGUUGUGGACCCGACUACACAGCGCGCGGCGUGCUAUUAGCAGAAUGGGCGGGUACCGCACUUCUGGUGUUGUUAAGCUGUCUUCCAGCAUGCGCUGGCGCGCCGCAGUAUGCGCGCGCAGGCGCCGCGGGUCUUGCUGUAGCGCUGCUAGUUCAGUGUUUCGACCACAUAUCCGGCGCCAUGCUGAACCCAACCGUCCUCCUCGCAGCAAUGCUAUCUCGGCGCGUGGCGCCUGGCUUGGGCGCCGGCAUGUUCGGCGCCCAGCUGCUGGGCGCCGUGACGGGCACCGGCCUGCUGCGGCUGCUGGCGCCCGGGUCUGACGCCGCUGACUUGUGUCUGACAUUGCCUAUGGAUACCCUAUCUGUGUACAAGGCGGUGUGCAUUGAGGCCGUACUGGGAGGGCUACUGGCGCUAGCCAACAUGGCGUCAUGGGACCCUCGCAAUCGACUGCUAGCCGACUCCUGGCCACUACGAAUAGGUCUGAGUGUUGCUGGCCUGUCUAUUAUCGCGGGUCCCCUGACGGGUGCCAGUAUGAACGCAGCGCGCAGCUUCGGGCCUGCACUGUGGAGCGGGAACUGGGAGCACCAUUGGAUAUACUGGGUGGGUCCUCUAAGCGGGUCACUCCUGUGCACGCUUCUCUACCGCAGCAUAUGGGCGGUCGACGGUAUGCCGCCGGCGCGCGCGGCGCCCGACGUCAACGCAGCGUGGCCGCUGCGGCGCGAGCGCGUGUCGCUCGGUCCCGCGGUGGAGCCACAUAAGACCCAUUAUUCCGUGUGA